ACGCAGCUGCCGUCGUAGGAGCAGGAGGAGUUCCGCUGCCGACAUGCCUGAGGCAAAGCCAGAGGCCAAAAAGGCCCCCAAAGACAAAGAUGCCCCCAAAGAAACUCCCCCUAAGGAUGCUCCUGCAGAGGCCCCCAAAGAAGCCCCACCUGAGGAUCAGUCCCCCACUGCCGAGGAGCCCACUGGGUUGUUCCUGAAGAAGCCGAACUCUGUGUCAGUGGAGGCUGGAAAGGACACGGUGAUCGUGGCCAAGUUGAAUGGGAAGGAGCUCUCAGGCAAACCAACCAUCAAGUGGUUCAAGGGGAAGUGGCUGGAGCUGGGCAUCAAGAGUGGCACCCGGUUCUCCUUCCAGGAGAUUCACGACUCUGCCAGCAAUGUGUACACCCUGGAGCUGCACAUUGGGAAGGUGGUACUGGGGGACCGUGGGGAUUACCGGCUCGAGGUCAAAUCCAAGGACAACUGUGACAGCUGUGCCUUCAACAUCGAUGUGGAGGCACCUCGUCAGGAUGCCUCUGGACAGAGUCUAGAAAGCUUCAAGCGUUCGGGUGAAAGGAAGCCACAAGGCGCAGGUGAGCUGGAUUUCAGCAGCCUGUUGAGGAAGAGGGAGGUGGCUGAAGAGGAGGAGGAGAAGAAGAAGAAGAAGAAGAAGAAGAAGAGUGAUGAUGAUGACCUAGGUAUCCCACCUGAGGUUUGGGAGCUCCUGAAAGGGGCAAAGAAGAGCGAGUAUGAGAGAAUCGCCUUCCAGUAUGGCAUCACUGACCUCCGCGGCAUGCUGAAGCGGCUCAAGAAGGUCAAGGCUGAAGUCAAGAAGAGUUCAGCCUUCACAAAGAAACUGGAUCCAGCCUACUAUGUGGACCAGGGCAACAAGAUCAAGUUGGUGUUGGAGAUCAGUGACCCAGACCUUCCCCUCAAGUGGUUCAAGAAUGGCCAGGAAAUCAAACCAAGUGGCAAGUACUUGUUUGAGAAUGUUGGUAAGAAGCGAAUUCUCACCAUCAACAAGUGCACAUUGGCAGAUGAUGCUGCUUAUGAGGCAGUCGUCCAUGAUGAGAAGUGUUUCACUGAAGUCUUCGUCAAAGUACCUCCAGUCCUGAUCAUCACACCCCUUGAGGACCAGCAGGUGUUUGUGGGUGACAGUGUGCAAAUGAUGGUGGAGGUAUCAGAAGAAGACGCUGAAGUCAUAUGGAUGAAAAAUGGUGUGGAGAUGAUCCCAGGGGAUUCCCGCCAGGCCCGAUACCGCUUCAAGAAGGCCGGGAAGCGCCAUAUUCUCAUCUACCCAGAUGUAACCCAGGAAGACGAGGGUCGCUAUCAGGUCAAAACCAAUGGUGGCCAGUGUGAGGCUGAGCUCAUUGUGGGAGUGAAGCAGUUGGAAGUCCUGCAGGACAUUGCAGAUCUGACAGUGAAGGCCUCAGACCAAGCCGUGUUCGCCUGCGAGGUGUCUGAUGAGAAGGUGACAGGAAAGUGGUACAGGAACAGGGUUGAGGUGCGGCCCAGCAAGAGGAUCACCAUCUCCCACACAGGGAGGAUCCACAAGUUGGUGAUCGAUGAUGUCCAUCCCGAGGAUGAGGGAGACUACACGUUCGUGCCUGAUGGCUAUGCCCUGUCCCUCUCGGCCAAGCUCAACUUCCUGGAAAUUAAGGUGGACUAUGUACCCAAGCAAGAGCCACCAAUGAUUCACCUGGACUGCUCUGGCAAGACCGCAGAGAAUUCAAUUGUGGUUGUGGCUGGAAACAAGCUGAGGCUGAACGUGGCCAUCACAGGGAAGCCACCUCCUGUAACUACCUGGCUGAAGGGAGAUGAGGUAUUCUCAGCCACUGAGGGCAGGACCCGCAUUGAGCAGCGGGUUGACUACAGCAGCUUUGUGAUUGAGAGUAUUGAGCGAUCGGAUGAGAACCGCUACACUGUCAAAGUCGCCAGCUCCUCUGGUGAAUGCAUGACAUCCAUCUUCGUGAAAAUUGUGGAUGUCCCAGACCCCCCGGAGGCUGUGUGGGUCACCUCAGUUGGAGAGGAUUGGGCCAUCCUUGUCUGGGAGCCACCCAAGUACGAUGGGGGUCAGCCAGUCACCGGGUACCUCCUGGAGCGGAAAAAGAAGGGCUCUCAGCGUUGGAUGAAGCUGAACUUUGAGGUCUUUACGGACCUGACCUACGAGUCCACCAACAUGAUCGAGGGCAUUUUCUAUGAGAUGCGAGUCUUUGCUGUCAACGCCAUUGGAGUCUCCCAGCCCAGCAUGAACACCAAGCCUUUUAUGCCCGUUGCACCCACGAGUGAACCCCAACACCUGAUGGUGGAGGACGUGACAGACACCACUGCCACACUCAAGUGGAGGCCUCCAGAAAGGAUUGGGGGAGGCGGCAUUGAUGGGUACCUGGUGGAGUACUGCCUGGAGGGAUCCAAUGAAUGGAUCCCCGCUAACACGGAGCCUGUGGAGCGAUGUGGCUUCACUGUCAAGAAUCUCCCGACAGGAGCAAAAAUUACCUUCCGGGUUGUUGGGGUCAACAUUGCGGGACGCAGCAAGCCGGCCACCCUGACCCAGCCGGUCACCAUCCGGGAGAUUGUAGAGAAACCCAAGAUCCGUCUCCCCCGCCAUCUUCGCCAGACUUACAUCUGUAAAGUGGGGGAACAGCUCAACCUCCUCAUCCCCUUCCAGGGGAAGCCGCGGCCCAAGGUGGUGUGGACAAAGGGUGGGGCGCCACUGGACUCAUCCCGGGUGCACGUGCGGACCAGCGACACGGACACAGUGCUAUUCGUGCGCCAGGUGGCCCGCUCUGACUCCGGGGAGUACGAGCUGAGUGUGCACAUCGAGAACAUGACGGACACAGCCACCAUCAGCAUUCGGGUCGUGGAAAAGGCAGGGCCAGCAGAGAACGUGAUGGUGAAGGACGUGUGGGGUACCAAUGCCCUAGUGGAGUGGAAGCCCCCCAGAGACGAUGGGAACAGUGAGGUCACGGGCUAUCUCAUCCAGAAAGCUGACAAGAAAACCAUGGAGUGGUUCACCGUUUAUGAACACAAUCACCACAUCUCCUGCACUGUGUCUGACCUCAUCGUGGGCAAUGAAUACUAUUUCCGUGUAUACAGUGAGAACGUCUGUGGACUCAGUGACUCACCUGGUGUCUCCAAGAACACCGCCCGUAUCCUCAAGACAGGACUCACCUUGAAACCGUUUGACUACAAGGAGCACGACUUCCGAACAGCUCCCAAGUUCCUGACACCUUUAAUAGACCGGGUGGUUGUGGCUGGGUAUUCCACUGCUCUCAACUGCGCUGUCAGAGGCCACCCUAAGCCGAAGGUGGUCUGGAUGAAGAACAAGACGGAGAUCCAUGAAGACCCCAAGUUUCUGAUGAUUAAUCACCAGGGGGUCUUGACGCUGAACAUCCGCAGACCGUCCCCCUUUGACGCUGGGACUUAUUCCUGUCGGGCUGUCAACGAGCUGGGGGAGGCGCUGGCUGAGUGUCGGCUGGAUGUCCGAGUGCCGCAGUGAAACCUUCUCUUCUGUGAAUCAAGAUAAUUGCCUGCUGAGUCCUCAUCCCAAUCCCUGACCUUCCUGGUCUGUGCUUCCCUUUCCCAAGUUAUCAUUAAG